ACAGCAAAACUGUGAUGACCAACCACUGCUGCUAGCUUCUCCUAAGACAUUAUCCCCCCUUCUCUUGCAGCAUGGUUAACAAAAACAGCACCCUGCGCUGCACGUUCUCUGCCCCUAGCCACAGUGCCACCUUGCUGCAGGGUCUGUCUUUGCUCCGUGCUCAGGGCCAGCUGCUGGACGUGGUCCUCUCCAUAAACGAGGAGCGCUUCCAGGUGCACAAGGCAGUCCUCGCUUCCUGCAGCGACUACUUCAGGGCCAUGUUCACUGGAGGGAUGCGGGAGGCCAGUCAGGACACCAUCGAGCUGAAAGGGCUGUCCGCUCGUGGGCUGAAGCACAUUAUCGACUUUGCGUACAGUGCUGAGGUCACUUUGGACCUGGACUGCAUCCAGGACGUGCUGGGAGCGGCCGUCUUCCUGCAGAUGGUGCCCGUGGUAGAGCUCUGUGAGGAAUUCCUCAAGUCAGCCAUGAGUGUGGAGACCUGCUUGAACAUAGGCCAGAUGGCCACAGCCUUCAGCCUGUCCUCGCUAAAGGAGUCUGUGGACGGCUUCACCUUCCGCCACUUCCUGCAGAUCGCCGAGGAGGACGACUUCCUGCAUAUCCCUGUCGAGCGGCUCGUCUUCUUCCUGCAGAGCAACAAGUUGCGCAACUGCAGUGAGAUCGACUUGUUCCGUGCUGCCAUCCGCUGGCUGCGGCACGACGAGGCGCGGCGCGCGCAGGCUGGCAGUGUGCUCUGCCACGUGCGCUUCCCGCUCAUGCGCUCGCCCGAGCUGGUGGACAGCGUGCAGACGGAGGACAUCAUGGUGGAGGACGUGCAGUGCCGGCAGUUCCUCCUGGAAGCUUUCAACUACCAGAUCCUCCCCUUCCGGCAGCACGACAUGCAGUCGCCCCGCACAGCCAUCCGCUCUGACGUGGUUUCCCUCGUCGCCUUCGGCGGGACGCCCUACACGGACAACGACCGCGUGGUGAGCAGCAAAGUGCACUACCUCCCCGAUGGCACGGCACGCCACUUCCGGGAGCUUGCCGAGAUGGAGUCGGCCUGCAGCCAUGCCUGCGUUGCCGUGCUUGACAACUUUGUGUACGUGGUGGGCGGCCAGCACCUGCAGUACCGCAGUGGCGAGGGCGCCGUAGAUGCCAGCUUCCGCUACGACCCGCACCUCAGCCAGUGGCUGCGCAUCCAGCCCAUGCAGGAGAGCCGUAUUCAGUUCCAGCUUAGCGUGUUGCAGGGAAAGCUCUACGCCACUGGGGGGCGCAAUCGCUCCGGCAGCUUGUCCUCUGUGGAGUACUACUGUCCGAAGACGAACGAGUGGACCUAUGUGGACCCGCUGAAGCGCAGGAUCUGGGGACACGCGGGAGCCACCUGCGAGGACAGGCUGUACAUCUCAGGAGGCUAUGGGGUCUCCGUCGAGGACAAGAAGACCACACACUGUUACGAUCCCAGCACUGACCAGUGGGAGUUCAGGUGCCCUAUGAACGAGCCGCGAGUGCUACACGCCAUGGUGACAGCUAGAGGCCGUCUCUACGCCCUUGGGGGCCGCAUGGACCACGUGGACCGCUGCUUCGACGUUCUGGCCGUGGAGUACUACGUCCCGGAUGCGGACCAGUGGACCACUGUAAGCCCGAUGCGGGCCGGCCAGUCGGAGGCUGGCUGCUGCCUGCUGGAUGGAAAAAUCUACGUGGUGGGCGGCUACAACUGGCACCUGAAUAAUGUCACCAGCAUUGUGCAGGUUUACAACGCUGACACAGAUGAAUGGGAGCGUGAUUUGCAUUUCCCAGAGUCCUUCGCUGGAAUCGCCUGCGUCCCCGUCAUACUUCCGCAGAGUGCGACCCAGAGGUGACCUGCGGGCUGAACCUGACACCCGCUGUAUCUCUGCAGGGCUCAAAUUGACAGCUUUUGCUUCGUUUGACUGAGCCGACAUAGAGAGGAAAAAAACAGCUUUAGGCGUUAGGAUGAUGGAGUUCAUCCUCGGCGUGGAUGGAGCCUAUAAUGAAAGACGUGUCUGUUUUUUAAACAAGCAAAGAAAUAAAUGUUCUGCUUGUACUAGGCAGCAUGGUGGGAGAAGUUCUCAGUUAAUUCAGUGUUUUGAUUAAUAUUAACCUGGGAAUAAUGUCCGUUUGAAAGUUUGUGCAUUUACUACCAACUUGAGGUUAUCCCAGUUAAUAUGGCCCUGGUUACUCGCAUUAAAAAUAUUACCGUCAGUAUUUUAUGAGUGACCUCAAUGGCUAGAUGCUGAACAGAGCGUCUGAGCUCCUUAAAUAUGUUGGUUAAUUUCAAUCGUCACGACAUCCUGCUAAGUCUCUGGGAGGGGGUCACGCCAUCGCCCAGCCUCGUCACGCAUCGCUUGCAGGAGGGACGCUGGCUGGACAGUGGGUCGAUUCUGGGUCGGCUCAUUGGGGAUCCGUUCAGUGGCGAAGCGGCCCGUGUCUGCUGCUCCUUUGUCACCAAGCACAAAUGUAAGCACGCACCUCCUGGACAUUUUCCUAGGUGUUACACUCUGAUGGCUGUGUGUCCCCACUUAUACACACGUGCAGUGUGGUUUUUUUCCUUAUACCCACAGUGGGGGCGUGUUUACACCCCUUCACAAGUGCACUAAGUAAUGAUGGACACAGCUGUGUUUGUGAUUCUAGCAGCUAUUGACUGAACACAGAGAGCAACCCCAAACUCUGCUGUUAAAGGUGGUUUUCCCCCAUGAAAUUCCAUAAUUUAUUCUCCACAUACUUUUAAGAUCUCUCUAAGAAAGGUUGCGGUUACCUGGGGUAGAUGUGCAGAGAGAUGCAGGCACUGGUCCGAUACACACAUGUCACACAGUGUUUCAUGGUUAGACCUCCCAGUGUAAAGCUGCUGAAGGUUACCGCUCACUGUAUAUCGUCAGUGGUGUAUGUGUGUGUAAGUGACAGCUACUUCUGCACCGACACACAAACAUGCAUAGUUACAGGUGAGGGAUGAGUUCUUUUUUAAUUAGUGAAAGGUUGUAAGCACAUGUACACAGGCAGUGUGGUGGCUCAUGCGGAGUCCCGCCUUGGAUAAUCAGCAGCACACUGGAUGGAUAGAUGGAUGAUGUGCACACACUGUACAGUGAGGUCAUUCCAACAUCCAGUUAUCAUGCUUCCGUUUCCAUCCCACAAACACGCCUCCAGCACAGCUGCUCAUGUUGAUGCCGACUGGCUUUGUUUGUGAAAUAAACUGUCAAAAAUGGCAACGCUGAGGAAAUGCUGAUCCUUGGACAUUGCUCGUUAUGUCGGCUUUAAAAAUAGUAAUGAAGCUUCAUUAGCCUGUCGGUAGCAUUUGUGAGUUUAAACGAUAUCAAAGCGAUGCUCAGCAGUUUGUCUGGAAGCAUUGCUGUCGUUGACUUGGCAAGUUAAACUCUGUUGCUUCCAGCAGGUGCUAUAUGUACUGAUAAAAUUAGACCAGCCUGUGUUAAAAUUGCACAGAAAAUGGGCGUAGGUGCAAAUAUUUGAUUGAUGGGUAGUUUCAACAUUAACGCUGUAGUGUAAUAGGUCAUGAACCCUCCAUUUGCAGUCCUAUAGUGUAAUA